UACCUCUUCAUCCGAGUUAUGUUUUACGCUGCAGCUCGCCGCUAGCUCGAAAAUACUUUGCAGUUUUUCGCUGUUAUUUUUCCAAUAGAGUCUCAUCGCCUUGAUUAUGCUUGCUGUCCACCGUGCAACUAGCGCCACGUUUCUGGGAAUUAUCGGAUGACCCACGUCAAAUUGUUAAGGCCCAUUCCACCGACACAACAGCGACAGUAUAAAAGGCAAGGUACUCGCUUGAACGCAGCAAACAUUCCGAGAAGGCAGUAUUUAUGCCGAAUCCCAGCGCGCCGGCGGAAACUUCGAUUACUCUCGACCCGUUUAUCAACAAUCCCGGCGAUGACAGUACCCGCAUUCAUAUGGACGUACCGUCAUCCUCCGCGGGGGCCUUCCGCGACGAUCCGCCCUCCUAUAAAGAGGCCACGCACAGCACACCGAUGCUUGACGCGUCGGGAGAGGAUCUUCCGACAGAGCCCCUUAACCUUCCCCUACCGCCACUGUACGAAGAUCUAUUUGGACCCGGACAGCCUCCCGCGUUUGUGCCUUCGGAAGGACGGGAUUGGGAAGAUCCGGAGGUGGCUUGUGAUGAGUUUUGUAACGCCGUCAACUGCUGCCGCAUGAUCGUGCAGUGUGGUAUCAUCAUGGGGAUCGUCUUCCUUGUUCUGGCGCGCAACACGAUCACCGAUGUGACCUGGCCGCUUUGGACCGGAUGGAUACUGUUGGGAGUGUUCGGUCUGUGGUACAUCAUUGAUACAUGCUGCUAUAACUCCAAUAUGAAAUUCCUCAGCAAUGUCUUGUCCAUUGCGGAACUAGAACAACACGUGCAAAGCAUCCGAUCAGCAAAAGCGGAGAUUGCAUGGCACAUGGAAUGUUUCCACCACGAAAGGCGCACACGUACGGUAACCACGGGCACCGGGCGCAAUCGCCACACCCGAAUACAGUCUUACACGGUCAAAGUAACCACAUGGAGUGGAGAUGCAUCCUUCGAAUACGCCCACUGCGAAGAGGUCUCUAGUCCUCAGCAACUGGAUGCCAUCGAAGCCUUUAAGCAGACCCGCAUCAAGUUUUCGAAGCAGUUCGUCCUGGCCGACAGCGCGGCGCGAACGGCCUUCGAAGGGCAACGCGAUGGAUUUGUCGCCAUCAAUCGCUUGCGGGACAAAGAGUACAGUCUCACUGAGUCCUUUGAGAUUGCCGGUUUCGAGCCGGCGCUGAUGGCCUCGACAACGGAAGAUAAGCCGUUCUUUUUACAGAUGCACUGCUAUAUUUUGGCGGUAUUUUUAUUGCUGGAACUGCCGUUUAGUUUGAUGAUCAAGAUGCAGUCACGGCGGAUGGAUUAUGCAUAUAGCAGAUCCGUGCUCGGCAUGGCAGCAUCAUUGCCCGGAUUCCAUGGGGAUGGGCCUAGCAGCGCAGCUGUCAACAGUGACAUUGGAUCCUACGAACAUAAUGGGAACGCCGUAAACGUCGUGCUGGAAUUGUCUAUUCGUAUUCGUCCCGAUCAGCCACCUUCCUACCAGGAAAUCCUCCACGAAACGGCGAACGCUACUGGUAGACCGUCGUUACCUUCCGGCUCAACUUCAGACGCAAUUCUCCCGCCAUUGCCGCCCGUAUACGCUGAUGUCAUCCACAAUGAACGUCCUUUUGCCAGCCACCCCGAAGAUGCGCGCGCAUGGCAGAACAUGGGCACGGCCUGCAGCGAAAUGUUCAGCAAGUGCAUCACGUACUGGCGCAUCUGCCUGCUCGUGGGCAACAUCACCGGCCUGGUCCUAGCGUCUCUUUACUUGUGGGAAGAGGACCGAAAACGGGAGGGAAUUGCUGGCGUCGUGACGUUCGUGGUAUGCUAUAUACUUUACUUAAUAGAGGCCUUCUGCUGUAAUUCCAGUAUGGCGUUCCUGACGAAUUUCAUUGAUGUGGCAAAUCUGAACGAGCACGUGGAGUCGGUCCGAGCCGGUGCGCCUUCCAUCGUAUGGCACAUGAGAUGCUAUCAUAACAAGCAUCGUAAUCAGUCAUCGGGAAAAGUUGUUACAACCCGCAUCGAGGAAGUGAACACUUGGAAAGGAGCACAAGCCUUUCAGUUCAUAUACUGGGAAGAUUUCUCUAGCGACCGGCAGCUGGAUAACAUCGGAGUCUACAAGAUGACACGCGUCAAAUUUUCCAAACGCUUCCUCCUGGCUGACAGUCUGACGCAAGCGGAGUUUGAGCGACAACGAAUGACGUUUAUCGCGGAAAACAAAUGGCGGGAUAAAUACUACGAGUUCAGUGAAACCUUCGAUAUUGCCGGAUUCGAACCGGCAGCGCUGGUCUCCACCAUUUCGGAGAGGCCGUUCUUUUUACAGAGGCGCUGGUAUGUGCUGGCGGUGUUGUUGUUGCUGGAGCUGCCGUUCAGUUUCAUGAUGAGAAUGCAGUCGACGCGACUGCAUUAUACCUACGUCAAAUAUAUACGAUAGAGUUACUUGCUCAAAUAUCUGUACAACAUG